AGGAAGUGUCUGUCCGCGCCGCGGGCUGCGGCUGGGCUCAGCUGGGCUGGCAGUGAUUUCCUCUCAGGCAGUCCGUUAUCUGUCGACUGUCAGGACAGGCUUGCCCUCUUCCUCCCCUCGGCCCCAGCCCCAUUCCCCAACUCCUCUCCCCGCCUUCCCUCAGCCUUUUGCACACACGCACGCUCACACACACAUGCACACACACACACGCACACACGCACUUUACUGCCAAAAACCGUCCUCCGCCUCCCUCCUCAGCUAACUUCCUUUCAGCAUUUUUUUUGAGCUGGAUAAUCCUAGGAUUUGUAAAACGGGGGAAAGCAGAGAGCGAGCGAGCGGGAGUCAGGACAGGAAGCUGGUUUCUCAUUCCUCUAACUGUCCAAAGGCAGGAGGAGGGGAAGGGGGGGAGCCAAAGAGGAGCCUUGUGCAGACUCUUCCCCGGUCCCUUUUCAUUAGUCCGUUUGAACUUCCAGUCUCCUCCGAAAGCUAAGAGAAGGAAGACCAGACUGGGACAGUUUCUGCUGGAAGUGGCGACAGCGUGGCUGACAAAACCCAGAAGGUGGCUGUGGAGGGUCCCGGGACCGUGCUGAGGGAAAGACGUUCCUCCCCACCAUCGCCUGCCCCCCAACUUGCCAGCUCCAAUGUGGGCACCCAUCCACCACCCACUUCCCUCUGAUGAGAACCCUUCCGGGCUCGGGCUAUGAUCGCUGCUGCUGCCAGCUGGGGAGCCUCCUCUCAACCUGACCUUCUUCUGCCACAGGAGCAGCCCAGCAUCUGGUGGGGAUUAAUGUUUACUUCUCCAGCUGGACGCUGUACAGGACCCCCGAUGUCACCCCCUGGGAGCGGGACACGGGCGGUGGUCUGAGAAGAGCAAGAUUUUUUGUUGCCCGGCGUGAGGCUGGGGGGAGGGGGGCAAGGCAGGAGGGGAGCGAACCUCUUUUGGGACUAACCUCAUGAAGAACAAGGGAGCCAAGCAGAAGCUCAAGAGGAAGGGAGCCGCGAGUGCAUUCGGCUGUGACCUGACGGAGUAUCUGGAGAGCUCUGGGCAGGAUGUCCCCUACGUGCUGAAGAGCUGUGCAGAGUUCAUUGAGACUCAUGGCAUUGUGGAUGGGAUCUACCGCCUCUCAGGAGUGACAUCCAACAUACAAAAGCUGAGACAAGAGUUUGUUUCUGACCAAUGCCCGGAUUUGACGAGGGAAGUUUACCUCCAGGACAUCCACUGCGUGGGGUCACUCUGCAAGCUGUACUUCAGGGAGCUGCCCAACCCUCUCCUCACUUAUGAGCUCUACAAGAAAUUCACGGAAGCAGUAUCUCGCUUCCCUGAGGACGAGCAGUUGGCACGAAUUCAAAAUGUCAUCCAGGAGCUCCCACCAUCACAUUACAGAACACUGGAAUACCUGAUCAAGCACUUGACUCAUCUGGCCUCCUUCAGCAACAUGACCAACAUGCACACCAGAAACCUGGCCUUGGUGUGGGCUCCCAAUCUCCUCAGGUCAAAGGAGAUUGAGGCAGUUGGCUGCAAUGGGGAUGCAGCUUUCCUGGAGGUGCGAGUGCAGCAGCUGGUGAUCGAGUUCAUCCUGAAUCAUGUGGAUCAGAUCUUCAACAACAACAGAAAAGCCAGCUCUGCAGAGAACAUUGAGAGUGUAUCGGUUCUGAAAAGCCUGACCCUUCCCUCAGCCUCCCUGCCAAUGAAACUGGUGAGCCUGGAAGAAGCGCAGGCACGGAGUCUGUCUGCCUCCCACCCUGCUCGGAAGGAGAGGAGGGAGAACAGCUUGCCUGAAAUUGUCCCUGUUACUGGGUCCCUCUUCCACACAGUUGUUGACCUCCCUGACAGCAAGAGAAAAUUAUCUACCAAGUCCAAGAAAUGGAAGUCAAUAUUUAACUUGGGCCGUUCUGGCUCAGAAUCGAAGUCUAAACUGAGUCGAAAUGGGAGUGUCUUCGUAAGGGCGCAGAAGCUUUCUGAAAAAGCAACUAUUCGGCCUGCGAAGAGCAUGGACUCACUGUGUUCCCUGCCAGUGGAAGGGGAGGAUGAGAAGAGCAGAUUCAAACGGGCAGUGACUACUGGAGGUUUUUUUGUUCCUGUGAUGAAGAUACGGACGGGAGGCACAGGCAGCUCAUACGACCUCAGCAAGGAGAACGAGUGGGAGCGGGAAGGAUCCACCAUGGGGGCCAAAGGAAGCUCAGAGCUGGGUGGAGAGAAAGGUCCUCCCAGGACACCACAGGCAAAGUCACCCCCCGAGCAGCUGAAGGUCUUCCGGCCAGGAGAGGAUGCUGAAAACGAGCAGACUUCCUCCAAAGGCGUCCGCAUGUUCUACACCUCCGAAACAGCCAAGUCAGGCUUCCCAAGCAGCCUCUUCCCCUUGGAGGCCUCCCCUCGUCACCAGCGGAAAGCCCUAAACAUCUCAGAGCCUUUUGCCGUCUCUGUCCCCCUGCGGGUAUCCGCAGUCAUCAGCACCAACAGCACUCCCUGCCGUGUGCCCGCCAAGGAGAAGCUUUCCCUCUCCAGCCUUGAGGAGCUCUCUUCCCUGGUGUCCGAGAGCACAAGCCCCUCUGCCCUGGAAGCCGGGACCCACACAAGGACAGAGCAGGCACCAGAGAGGAAGGAGAAACAGCCAGGGCCCACCCCACCAGCGGCAGCAUCCAGAGGCUCUCACCCUGAGGAGCUGGUGGCAGCCAGGAAACCUGAGCCCUUAGAAACUCCACAGCCAGCAGUGGAAAAUCAGGAGACGUUAUGUGCGCAAAGUAGCUGCACAAGCAGCACCAGCAGACCCCAGCAGUCCUCAGAGCAGAGUCCCACCUUGGAACAAACACCAGCCUCAGAGGUUCAUACAGGACCAAUCCUUACAGACAAGGCAGAGAAAGUACAGCUCAAGAUGAAGGAUAUCUCCACAGAAAGCAGCUGUGGCCAACAGGAGAUCAAGACAGCCAAGACAGAAGAAGGGUCACGCUUAAGAGAUGUGACUCAAGAGGACCCUACAAAUACCCUUCUAGAACCACUGUGGCCAGAGAUACAGCAGGAACUGAAAAUUAUCGAACCUGAAGAGGAGCUCUUGCUCCCCAAGAGGGGCCUAAUUUCUGAAUCCUCUUCCUCAGUACAAACAGAUACUUCUUCCUCUGAUAGAGGGCAGAGUCCAACACUGUCUGAGCAGAAAUCCGCAAGCAGAACACCACAAAUGACAACUCAGGUGCCUUUAUUUUGUGCCACUGGCACGGAACGACAAGACAGCCUCCACAAUUGCCAGUCUGAUGUGGAUGCACAGCAGAGCUGUGCUUCAGCCCUACCCAAACUGGGUACUCUUCCAACUGGCACAGCCACUCCGAAGAACCACCACCCUGUGGUCGACAGCAGGAGUGAAUGUCUCACACCUCCCCUGAACUGGAAGCUUCAUAGUCAAUCAGAAUUUAAUGAGGUUGCCCCAAGUGAUGGAUUUUCGUGUUCCAAAGGAGCAUGUCCAGAGUUAGGGAGAGAAAAAGAUAGCACUUUCCAGCUGCAGAAGGAAAAGGAUGGUCUUAUUAGAGUCCAGACUCAGAGAGGGAAGCCUGAGAUAAUGACUGCUGAUGAAAGAGACACAUUCUCCUCCAAGGUGCCGAGUGGAGCUGGAAUCCAGGAGCUGAAGGAGGGAAAUGCUGUUAGCAGAACCCAUGAUGCUGGUGACCAGGAAGAUGAGGAUACCUGGACAGAUAAUGUGCAGAGCUUAGAACUCGUGGAGCCAUGGGAGGAUCACCAGUGGGUUACAAGCCCACUCCACUCCCCUACUUUUAAGGAUGUACAGGAGAAGAUGAUAGAGGAGUUUCAGCCACAGAGACAGAGAGCAGAGACAGGCCUUUCUCUUAGACCAAGAUUCAGUCGCAGCCUCUCCCUGGACAGUAAAGACACAGUAAUGAGUUUGUGGACUAUCCCAUUCUCUUUCUUUGAUGCCAGUGACCACCAGCAACCAUGCAGUGACAUUCUGCCAGUGACUUGUGAGCUGCCCAAAACACAACCCAUUUCUCCCUCUAGUCUGGGCAAUGCUAAGCAAGAUGAUAAUGGCAUAAAUCCUCCAGAAGAACCUUCAAAACUCGAGGACCUGAGAUACCCCCUCAGCAGGGACCAAGCACGAGCUGAAAAAGGGCCCUCUAGAAUCCCUUUUCUAGAGGAAAAGAAAGUGGAUGUGAACAAAGAAAACCCUUGGAACUCAAAGCCUGAGCUGUCUUUACCAUACCAAAAUAGCCCAGGCAGCUCUUCAAAGGUGAAGAACACAAAGGAGGAGCUAUCCAUGUCUCAGGACACUGCCUUGGGAGGAGAGACCAUUACCAAAGCGUCAUGCUCUGCCACUGAGGCACAACUGAGUAGUAAAAGUGAAGAAACACCUCGCAAAGUGAAGACCAGGCCUUCGUCCCUCAACUUGGAUUCACUCCUUCCAGCCCCAGAUUUCUUCACAUUUGAGAGCCUGUCCAUACCCUCUGCUCCUGGGAACCUCCUGUGUGGGCAGAAGGAAGUAAAAAGCAGUGAUUCUGUCCCAUCCCUACCGACUGCUUGCCCUGCUGCCAGUAAAGGCAUCCCAUGGGCAUCUCAUUUCAAUGCCCAUGUGGAUCUAGACUUGGAUUACCUGGCAGUGGCCCAUGCCACCACUGGCCGCCGUAACUCUGCCCCUGUCAGUGUGUCGGCAGUCAGGACCUCCUUCAUGAUUAAGAUGUGCCAGGCAAGAGCGGUGCCUGUGAUACCCCCCAAGAUUCAGUACACCCAGAUCCCCCAGCCCCUGCAGGCUCAGAAUGCAGCUCCACCAGCUGAGAAGAAGGAAGCAGAAACUAAGCAGGCCACCAGGCAGACUCAAAGGGGGGCAUGGAGUCACUUGGAGGCCCCCAAGAGCCCGCUGACAGAGAAAAAAGGCAAAGCAGAGAAAGAAAACAGUGACCCAGCUCAGAAGGACUCAGCCUGUCCUUGGCACAGCAGCCUUGGCUCUCCACUGGAGCAACCUCAGUCCAGUCAUUAUCCUGCUCUGGAUGCCCCUGUUCUGCGCCGAAAGCGCACUUCUGAGGGGGAGACAGCUGGAGAUAACCCACAGUCCUCAAAGAUGGAGAGGCCAUCAGGGUUCUCCAAGCCUUCCUAUAGAUCUAGGCCCGGGAGGCCCCAGAGUCUGAUUCUCUUCAGUCCCCCUUUCCCCAUUAUGGACCACCCCUCCUCUUCAGCAGACUCCAGGAUGUUGUUAUCACCCAUUAGGAGCCCCACUCAGACCACCUCUUUGAGCCCCAUUUGUGGUGAUCUGUCUGAGACUUCGCGGACAACGCCCGAGGGGGUGACGCUGCGGAACAAAAUGACCAUCCCCAAGAAUGGCCAGAGACUGGAGACCUCUACCAGCUGCUUUUACCAGCCCCAGAGGCGCUCUGUGAUUCUGGAUGGACGAAGUGGGAGGCAGAUUGACUAGCAACUGCUUCUCGUAUUCCUUUUCCAUGGUGGAUGGGAUGUUGAAGACCAACUCUGUUGCCAUUUUGCUGUUGUUAUAACUAUUUCGUGCAAGAUGGACCUGAAUCCUUUGUGGUUUCUUGCAAAGCAUUUUGCUAUGGAGGGUCAUAGUCUUUUUGUUUUGCUUUUCCUUCCCUUUCUCACCCCUGUCCCUCACUGUCUGCUUUUUUUGAUAAGCCAGUCCCAGGUAACUUACAUUUCCUCAUACACAUUGUCUAACAAGCCCUGUGAAAGUCUUAUCUUCCCUAUGAAAAAAAAGCAAAAAUAAUUCUCAGUAUAAUAGAAAACAGGGCUGGGAGGAAACACUGUUCCAAAGUGUUGCAGCCCAGGGUGUAGGGGCACAUUGCUAAGGAGGUAAGUCCAGAUGUUUGGGACCUCCUUCCAUUGUUUCCCAGCCACCAGUGAAGGACCGUGUUUGUCUCAUUUAGUCGGUGUAAAUAAACAGUGCAGAAGGCUGGUGAUAACUCAAGAGAAAGGUGAAGCUGGCAUGAGCAAAUCACGUAGGGUGUGAGACACUUGAGGAUGUUCCAGUGACAAACAUACAACCUGAAGGCGCUGCCUCCAACUCUGUCCUUGCAUCGAAGAUGUGCUCUUUCCAGCGUGUGCAAGGGCUGGACUGAAAGCAGCUGGACAGGAAAUGCCCUGUUGUUCUUUCAGUCUUCCAAGUCCUGCUCAUGAGUUUUUUUGCUCUCAGCUACACCUUCCUUGAGCAGACAAGAUCUGUGUGGCUGGGGGAUGAGUGUGCAGCUGGGUGUCCAGCGGUAGAGACUUCUCAGGCUGGUACCAAUGAAAGCAAACAUACGGUCAUAACAAAGGCCGGUAUCAACCAUUUUCAUCAUUGCUUAAAGCCAGAUGACACCUCUGCAACUAUCUCCAGCUGUCUUCCACACUGCCAACAGUAGAGAAAAGCAAGAGGAAUUUCUGAUCUGCAUGUCCUUGGGCUAUUGCCCCUUGCACCCUGACUGACCGAUCUUUGACCCUUGGUCUUUCAUUGCCACUGUGUGGCAUAUCCCCAGGUGCUUCUUCUUCCUUUAAACUUGCUCUCCUUGUGAUUUUACACUGUUUCUUUGAGAGCAUGGCUGUUUGUCACCUCCCCGGCCCUCAGUGCUUUCAGAUUGACUGAGAGUAUGGUAAAAAGGAUGAUACGUGGGACUGCAGAACAGAUCAUGAACGGUAUCCUGAGAGAGGGAUUUGAAGUGAAUUAAACUCUCUCCUGAAGGGUUGUUGUUAUUACAGGCAAAUACAAGUUCAUAUAAGCAACAGCUACCACAGGAAUAGAAUUAAAGCUUCCUUUAUAAAGUCUCUAACUCCAUGUUCAACACAGGCUCAUCUAUUGCCCGUCUCAACGUGGGCAAUCGCAAAUUCAGGUACAGCCCAUGCUGUCUCUGCAGUUUGUGUCACUAGUGACUAUGGAGGAGACUGGAACACAGGUGUUGCUGCCAGAACUGAGAUUGUCCCUGUAAUAGUGUUCAUGGAGAAGUCUGAGUCUGUAGACCCUCGAAUGAACAUUCUGGGCAGUAACUGUGUAUCUGUUAGGAAGUGCUAUAGCCGCCACAACGAGGGCCAAUCAGAAUUUCCCAACGGAUGUAUGUUUAGGGCUUUUUUUUUCUGAAGUACUGGCAUUUUCAAAUUGUUAGCAAACUCAACCCACGAGCUUCUGAUCUGUACUGACUGUGUCACUUAAUUAGUGUCAUAUUAAACCAGAUGAGAGCCUGGCGUUCUUGUUUGGGUCCAUGUUCUCUCACAGAUGCCAGCCUAUGCUUUACUUGGGCAAGCCGUGGACAGCAGGUCCAGAAUACUCAGCUUCAUGAAAAUUGUAUUAUCCUCCUCCCAGACCAUGAGAUGCCUGUGCAGCCUCCCAUUAAAACAAGGGAGUUGCCAGUCCUCCAUUCUCCUCAUGAUUAGUGCAGCUCUGUGCUGCAUUUGCAUGGCACCCAAAUGCUUUUUUUACUGCCUCAUGGGAAAGCUUUUAACCACCAUGGCUUGGUUAAUGUUGAAUGACUUGGGAAGGUGCGAUAUAAGGAAUUAUAGUAAGGCUUUAGAGAAAGUAAAAGUUGUGGAAAUGAUGCCCAGGCCUUUUUGGUGUCAACAAAAUAGUUUAUUUUGGACAGGGAUUUAUAUUCUCUCAGUUCCUAGAAGUUAUGACUGCCAAAGCAUCUGGAAUGGAGCCAGUGAAGCUCACAAAGUAAUGUAUCAGAAGAAAAAGAAAAUGUGAUGAAACCUGGGCACCUUGAAACUAUUUUUUUUUCCCCUCCUUAUUCUCAUAUAAGCUGAUCUAUGAACAAGAAAUGAGGUCUGGCAAUUUGUAUAUAAUACCCUGUCUCAGCUUUUAACAGCUUUCCUGUAAGUAAUAGCGCUUUUGGCCUAAGUGGUGAAACUCCUGCAAGAGAAAAUUAUUAGAAGACUUUACUUAAUAUUAAAGAACAGCCUCCACUAAAAUCUGUAUCCAGACUGUACGUUUCAAGGGUGUUUCAGAAUUUGAACUCAGAUCCCGCUCCUGAAUCUUAAUUAAGUAGAGAUUCUGUAAUGACAUCUCUCUUUCGUAGCUCAAUCCCAUCUCUAUCUGCAAUUCAAUCUCCAGCCUUCAGUUGAGGCAUCAAACUUCUGAGAGCCUCGUGAAGUGGGCUUAAUGCAGUCACAUCACUGUAGCUCUAUAGUCACAAGUGGGCUUGAAUGAAGAGCGCUGAGAUAAAGCCUCAGAUUCUGCAGAGUUGAGAGAACUUGUUUAGUUUCACGGUGCACCACUGCACAGGUGUCACCAUUCCCAAAUCUAGACUCAGACUUCUGCAGAGUCUGUAAUGCUUGAUGACGGAUCCAUGUUGAUACUGACAGUUGCAGUCUCCUCAAGGACCAGAGCAUGAUAGUUGGUCAGAGCCAGAAGACAGAAGCCAUCUCCCAUCAAAUGGUGCUGGCUAUGUGGUUGGAACUUCAUGAGAUCCAACUUUACUAAGCCAUUCCUGAGGUCAGGUUCAGCGUCAGACCUGAUGUCAUCUUUGCUUCAGAGCCAUUAGGUUGUCCUCUGUCACCCUGCAGUAGCAGAUUUUUUUCUGUGAAGCGUUAUAGAGAGGGGUAGAUAAGAUUAAUGGGAGAUAGGUCUGGCCCAGAAUUUGAAGUUUUGUGUACAGGAGAGAUAAAUCAGUUGUUCUUGACAUUAUGGAAAGGACCUUUCUAAAUAGACUGUCACAUCAUUUGCAGCUCUGCAAGGAUCAUCUCAGGGACCCUGCAAUACGUUUUGGUUCUCCUGAGACUGUGAAGAGUGUAAAGGCCAUUGCCAAGUUUGCAGAUUGCCCCAGUCUCAAUCAUGAUGUGGUAUCACCAGCAUGUGUUCCUUGUGGACUUUUACAAAUGGGAAACAAGUGACUAAAUUUCACUUAUUCUUCCCAUGUAGUCAGGAUGUUUGUGCAGCUUCUGUUAAGCGUAGCUGAGAGUGAAAUUGUUGGGCUGGCAAAGAUGGGAAUCCUCUGACGGAAAGGAGGGACAUGGAUAAUGUUAGCUCAUGUGGGAGCUGCCUUAUUGAUGGGAAAGUGAACAGAAAUUAAUAUUGUAUUUUACCUAAUAAACCACAUUCAUCUGGGUUGUCCACCCCAUGCUAUCACUUCAGAAAGACUGAAGCACUUCUUUUUUUAACCUUUGGAACUUCAGAGGAACUUAGGUCUGUAUUAGAGAGGAUUGAUUAAGCUCUGCGACAUUUUCCCUCAUCCAGAGUUCAAAUGGUGCAAUCAAAGUCUUUUUUCUUUCUUUAAGAAUUCUGAAAUGCCUGUAGUGGUGAAUAUUGUGUUAAAUUUAUAUAUAUAUAUAUAAAAGAACUUUCUAUAUAAAUAUAUUAAAAAGGAAAUGUAAUUAAAAUGAAGGAAUUGCCUAAAUAGAAUCCUGCACGUCUGUGAAACUUGGGCUGAUGCAUGGAACUGUUUUCUGCUGCAAUGUUUGCAGCACUGAGGGUGUGAGAUCAACUGGCUUUUUGCCCACAGAGGAGAAGCUACUGAAUUCUGCCUAAUCUGUGGUGGCCAGAAGGCCUGAAUCUGCCUUCCUAAGGCUGAUCAUGUCCUGGGAGAGGACAUGUCCUCUGGGAGACCAGAGUGCAAGGACUGAUUUAGCUUUCCACCACAAGCUUCUCCCCUUUGAAAUCUUUGAAAAUUCAAACAAUUUACUGGAGCAUAUACUACCUUUCAGGCAUGUCCACAUUUUGCAGUUGUCCCUUUUACUGUUCUCCGUCUCUAGAAAAAGAAAAAAUAAAUCUCUAGAGGUGGGGGAGAAGCUGUAGCUGAUUCCAAUUUGUUUCAGCUUUUGCUUGCUCCUGAUCAAUGUAAAGGCUUGGUGAUAACUAAUUCUGCUCCAAGCAAGGAAUGGAAAGCUUGCCACUGAGUUCAACUGGAAAUGGAGCAGGACAUUAACAGCCCAGGAAAGGAAGGAUGGCAGGAGGCAAGUGCUUCCUGAGGGCUCCAUGCAGCAGCCCAGACCUUAGAUCUUGUUCUUGUAGGCACUGGUCCCCUUUGAAAUACUUUUUGCUACCAGGUCAAGGGAAGGGCUGGAAGUCAGAGACUGUGAAAAGAACUGUCCCCAUCGCACUGGCCUUGGUUUGUGAUUACUUCUUCUGCUAGCUCUGAUGGAUUGUAUUUUUGUUAAGCUUUGUUCUCUGUGUGGACUUGCCUGCUUUUGUGCCUUAUUGCUUAAAAGAAAAAAGAAAACAAAAACAAACCAAACAAAACAAAACAAAAAACAGCCACAAAAAAAAAGUUUUGCCAGAUCUCAGCCAUGAGAUUAAACUGGAGUUUUUAUAAAAACAGACCUGUGCCCUAGUGAUGUUUUAAAGCAUUUUAUUUUUCCUGGAUUUGGUUUAUGAACAUGUUGAAAAUGCAUUUGUGUUCAUCUGA